GGCGGCGCGCUCCGGAGGGAGAGCAGGGGCUGGAGGUUCCUACCCCCUCGGCGGCCCGCACCUGCCCCCCGCGCCCGCCCCGACUGGGCAGCCGGGGGCGCCCCCACUUCUCUCCCCCCGGGCCGGGGAGCCGGGGGGCAGCGCCGGAGCCCGGGGGGAGCGCGGCCCCGCCGGCCGGCCAGGGCUGGGGGGCAGCUAAGACGGCCCCGGCCCAGGUGGAGGCCACAGAGUGCCCAGGACAGGCAGGGGCAGCAAUGGUUGGUCCUGACGGUGGCUGAGCCCCCAGCCCCUGGAAUAUGCAGCCCGGGGGAGCCCCAGGCAGCGGCGAGGACGAGGCGGCGGAGUGGCACGGGAGGCAUGGUCUCCACCUACCGGGUGGCCGUGCUGGGGGCGCGAGGCGUGGGCAAGAGUGCCAUCGUGCGCCAGUUCUUGUACAACGAGUUCAGCGAGGUCUGCGUGCCCACCACCGCCCGCCGCCUCUACCUGCCUGCUGUCGUCAUGAACGGCCACGUGCACGACCUCCAGAUCCUCGACUUCCCGCCCAUCAGCGCCUUCCCUGUCAACACGCUGCAGGAGUGGGCAGAUGCCUGCUGCAGGGGACUCCGGAGCGUCCACGCCUACAUCCUGGUCUACGACAUCUGCUGCUUUGACAGCUUUGAGUACGUCAAGACCAUCCGCCAGCAGAUCCUGGAGACGAGGGUGAUUGGCACCUCGGAGACGCCCAUCAUCAUCGUGGGCAACAAGCGGGACCUGCAGCGCGGCCGCGUCAUCCCGCGCUGGAACGUGUCGCACCUGGUGCGCAAGACCUGGAAGUGCGGCUACGUGGAGUGCUCCGCCAAGUACAACUGGCACAUCCUGCUGCUUUUCAGCGAGCUGCUCAAGAGCGUCGGCUGCGCCCGCUGCAAACACGUGCACGCCGCCCUGCGCUUCCAGGGCGCGCUGCGCCGCAACCGCUGCGCCGUCAUGUGACGCCGCGUCCGCCCCUCCCGCCCCGAGGGGCCCCCGCGAGCUGCGGCCAGGCGCAGACACAGCCCCGGGCAGCGCCGAACGGGGGCGGCUUCCCCGCGGGAGUGCGGGGCUUGGCGGGGCGGGAUGGGAGCAGAACUCUCUUGGUCUGGGCCUGAAACACCCCCGCAGGCACGCACCUCCCCGUCCGAGGUAGAGGGUGAGAGGGAGCCUCCCCAUAACUGCUCAGUCCUCCCCCUUGCCCCCCAUUUGUCUUCCUGGGACGGCCGCCUUCAGUGGUGUAGUUAGUGCGCAGGAGGGGCGCCCAGGGGCGCCACAGCCCUUUGGGAUUGGGCGUGAGCGUGUGAAAUGGUGGUGGAGUUGGGGAGGUGCUGCCUUGGUCGGGCCCCCACCCGUCUUCUCCAGAGAGUGUGUCUGUCUUCCCCCUCGUCUUCCUUUGGUCUGUCUUCCCAAGUGUCUGUUGGUCCUUAGUUGUCUUGUCCACCCUCCGCCCCGGCCCCAGCUCCGCUCACAGGGCUCUCAUUUCGUCCAUCCCCUUGUUGCAGAUCCUGGCAGGUUCUUUGUGACGCCAGGCCAUCUGACCGUCAGCACCACCGGUACAGGGCAGAGAGACGCGGGUGGCCCAGGGACCACAAUCAAGGGGUGGGAGGGUUGAGGUCCCAGAGCAGUCAGGGGGAGGGGGCCGAGCUUUCCCCCUUCCAGGGAGACCUCCCCACCCAGCAGCCCCCAGAGACACAACAACCUACCUUCCAGCCUUAACUCGAUGGUCCGUCCCUGCCGGGUGCCCCUCAUCCCCUCCCUGCUCCCAAAGCCAGAUCACUUCCUGAGUUAAAACUUUUUUUUCUUUACAGAGUGUAGAGAGGGAACGCCCAUGAGGCAAGGUUCCAGUCCUCUGUUCCCUCCUGCUUUGGGUGGUCUGCCAGAUUGAAGGAUGUCUGAUUUUGGGGUCUGGUGGUGGGCAGGGUAGUGUCCCAGGGUGGGGGGCUGUCGGGUUGUGCCAGUUAAGAUUCUGUCUCUCCAUUUUAUCCGGGUGUGGUUGCCCCAGACCCUGCCUGCCUCCAAUUUCAGAGUGUCCUGAUUAAUCUUGGGAGAAGCAGAGCAAGGAAAAGAAUCAUGAGGAUGCCUGUGCUUUGGGGAGAUAUGCCCACAUCCCCACCCAUGGAUGGAGCCCCUCAGGCCUGCCCUCCUGUCUGGGAUCUGACCCCCUUGUCACAACACUAGUUGGCCCUAUGCCUUGACUCACUCCACCCCAUUUUUGCCGGCUGCCUGGCCGGGUUUCUACCUCUUGUCACCGGAGCUGAUCACUGUCAGUUUUGUACCGAUUUAGAAAUAACAAUAAUAAUGAUGAAGAUCUAGGAGUGGCCUGAGGGACUUGGAGGGAGGGCAAAGUGCCGUGUCCCCUGCCCCUAGCCAAGAGAAGUUCUCCUUCAGGCUGACUCCUUGGCUCUGAUCUGGUGGGAGGAGAGCAGUCUCUUGUUAGAGGGGCAGAUAGAACAUCUCAGCCUCCACUUGGCUGCAGUGCAUAGACCAGGCUAUCAGGUAUCCCAGAGUGGUGAUGAGAGGAGUCUGGGGGAGGGGGUGGAGCACGGGGAAUUUAUCAAUAUCCAGGGAGGGAAUCUACAAUUCUCUCUUCUGCUUUCCCAGCUGCUUCCCGCUCCCCCUACCCAUCGAGGGUAGCGCAGCCCCACGGCGAAUGCCCUCACACUGGGCGGUCCUGUGUUCCUGGGUUCUAGUCCGUGCUGUGCUGCAUGACUUUGGGCAAGUGACCUGCCCUCUCUGAGCCUCCCUCUGAAGCAGAGGAGGUGGCUCCCCUUCCCCACACCUUGGAGUGGCUGGGAGGGUAAGGAAGAGGGCCUGCCCCCUUUCGUCCUCUGCAUCCCUGUCCCCUGGUUCACCAGGGAGGUGGGGUGAGGGCUGGGAGCAUCUCACCUGCCCUGUCACCCCCGGCUCUGAGGCACCUGAGGUGGGUGGGGGCAGGCCUCUCUGGCCGACCCCUGCGGGAGCCUUUGGAAUGUAUCACCUGACUCCCUGCACCCUCUCCGCUUCAGGUCUUUGAUUUCAGGUCUCUCCAUCCCCAUUCUGAGUCUCUGUCCUUCCCCCCCAUCCCUCCCCCAGGGUUUCCCACCACAGGGUCUGGAAGCAUGUGUGAUGCCCAUCGCACUGUUAUCGGAAGUCAGAUUAAAAAUCAGGGAGCGUUUUCCCUUGUUUCUGUA